AUGUAUUCCCCGGGCCCCUCGCCCUUCGACAUCCAGACCCAUCUCUACACUUCCUUUCUCCAGGCCAGCACCUACGAUGUCGCACUGCGUGUAUCAGGUUCCUGGAAUGCAGUAUACAAGUUACAUCGCGUCGUUCUAAUACAGUCUGGUUUUUUUCGCUCCCUUUUCACAGCUGGUUUUGCUGAAUCUACUGUCCAACUGGUUCCGUUGCGCAACGGGACCGAUGAGAUCAGUGUCACAUUCGAUGAUCUCAACAUCACACGACCAGUCAAAUUCACUGGACUCGUUAGGGUUUGCGUGUCGCGCUUGUAUGGUGGAGGUCCUCCCCUGCACGUUUCACCCAAUCUAAUCUCCACCACCAACCACCCAUUAACUCCACCCUUUUCGAACGCCCCCAUCCCUGAGGACUUACCUGCUGGCCAUCAUCCAGCUACUCCACGCUUUCUGCAAUCACUGCUUGCGACAGCAAUCUAUCUCUCUAUACCCUCUGUUGCUUCUCAAGCCUUGUCGCUAAUUCUGAAAACCAUCGGCCCGACAACCAUACUUCAAUACUUAAACUUUGCGUGCGGGAGGACCAUUGACUUGUACUCUCAACAAGCACUUCGAGAACCUCAGGCUGCUGUUGGUCUGGAGCAUGUGGCGCAGCUGGUUGAUCGAGAAGAAAAAUCGUUCAACUCUACAGAGGGACUGAAGAACAACUCUCCGCUGAACAAUGAAAAGCCUGAAGAAGAUAUUGAUGGCCUGUCUCACAGAGUUGCUGGUUCGGCUGAGUCGUCUGAUGGUGAAUUAGAUGAUUCGAGAGUGCAGGGUCCUUCCCCUCAUUAUGGGACGAUAUCAAACAAGAUUGGUGAAGCUUGCUCAUGUUGGCUUGUACGUUGGGCGGUCGACAUGUUACAAUUUGAAACGCAUGGGGAUGCCUAUCAAUCCUUCCUCCCCGACGGCAGGACGCGUUCAAAGAGCGUUUCGUAUAUAACUUCAACCAUUGCUACAAGUUCUCCACCAUUGCAAAUGUCACCCCUUUGGGGACGUAAAGGACUUACUGCUCAAUGGAUAGCUGCAAUAGUCUCUGCGGAUACACUUUUUAUUAAAAACGAACGCGAACGAUACAUUUUUGCUAGAUCUGUGGUUGAACUCCGGAGGAAGGACGGUAUUCUCAAUUUCGAGGAAAAUAUAUGGGCUUCGAUGUUUACACGUGGAAUCUAUUAUGCCAACAUGACAUUCGAAGACCUUCUUUAUAUAUCGCAAGACAUAUCCCCAACGACUAAACAACCAUACGUAGCCCUUUCUACUUUGCAGGCCGCACAAUGGAAUCAAUCGGUCCUACGUCAUGUUUUGACCAGUAGAUCCAAUACGAUUAAUUCUCACUCGAAUCCAAGUUCUACUUCCCCGCCCCCUCGAGAAAAAGAACUUGGCGUGACAUUAACCACGGCAGACAUUUUGGCGAGCAUCUCCGACAGUAAUGCAAACAAUCUCAAUGAGAAGUCAAAAGUUUACUUCCCUGUUUUAUCAGACUCAUCUCUCCGUAUUGGAAACACCGCGGCGGCGGCUAACGCUUCGGGAUCUUCUGGAAAUUCUAUAUCCAUGGAAGAGUUGUUUGAUCAUUCGCAUGACUCUUCACCAAAUCAUGCGAAAACUCAAAGUCAUGACCUUGCCAAUACGAUUACAAUAUCUUCCUCGGAAGAUAACUUUUUCGGCAUUCUCACUCCAUCUCUACAUGCUGAAGCUUGUGUUGACUCGGAUCCUUCAGCUCUGUCUCGCUGGUCCCCAUACCCGCCGUAUAGAUUUUCAGUAGAAUUCUGGGAUGUGGAUCUACUGAAAGAGAAAUCUCGUCUACACUCGCAAACUAUCUGGCAUGCUGGUAAUCUGUUUAAUGUGUACGUGCAAAUUGUACGCAAGAAAGGACAGGCUCAGCUCGGUAUAUACCUGCAUCGACAGUCAAAUGUAGAUCCCAUACCUGCCUCAAGUACCCCCUAUACCACACAUCAGGGUCAAGUUGCAGUUGACGAAGGCUUUGGAGGAACUUUGGGGCGCUCGCCCCAUCUUCGUCAACCUUCUUUACCAUCCCUAGCAUCCGCUGCCACUAUCUCGUCCACCAGAACUCACUACUCCCCUUCCAUUCACCCAACUAGUAUUUCUCGCAGCGGGACUCCAUCCUCGGUUCCUAAUCCAAGGCCAUCCUCUCCCUCUUCACUUCCCUCUUCACCCUCUGCAAUGUCUUCUUUGGGUCUCAGCAAUUCACCGGCUACAACUUUGACCCCUGCGCCUCAACAACCUUAUCGAGACCCAAGGUCCUGUGUAUCAGCAUACUUCUCUAUCAGCUGUGCUAGUGCUACUGGAACAUCUCAGACGCGCUUUACCAGUUCCCCCGACUUGUUCUCUGUCAGCCAAAGUUGGGGUUGGAAAUCAAGCACUCUCCGGACAGAAGACUUUUUGGAAGUUGGGAGUCAGUCUUUGCCUGGAAAUCAUGGCAGCUUGCGCGAUAAACGAGUCAGCUUCCGCGCAACUGUUUUGCUGGGUCUGGUUUAA